AUGACUGAGGGAGAAGAACAGGAGGAGGAUCCAGUGGAAUUACCACCACAAAACAGACAGAAGAAUAAAGUGAUUAUCUACCAAUGCUGCAUCCCAGUUUUGAUAGUCUUGGUGCUGUUGGGUGGAGUUGGAGCAAUAACUUGGUAUUUCUUAGACUAUAGACCGCAGUAUCUGGAUUCUACUCAUCUGCAUUUCUACUCUGGCAGCUUGAGGAUUAUCAAUCGGCAGUAUUCCCAGGAUCAUGGCAGAAUGGAAUCCAGAGCUUUCUGGGCAGAGAAAUCAAAGAUACAGAAGAUGUUAAAAGACCUAAUUCAUGCCACUAACCUGGCCUCUUUCUACAACUCCAGUGCUGUCUAUGCCUUUGGAGAAGGGUCUUUGACAUGCUUCUUCUGGCUCGCCCUUCAAGUCCCAAAAGAUCGGCAUGUGGAGGUGACCGUGAAAGAAGUAAAAGACACACUCUAUAAUGAACUUCUUAUCAGCUUCAACAGAACAGGUUACCUGUCUUAUCAGAAUGAAUACAAAAUUGAUCCAGAAUCUUUAAUUUUAUUAGAAUCCAGUCUCAAAGACAUAAUAGUGCUGAAAUCCACCUUGGGCUGCUAUAGGUACAGCUACAUCAGAGAAGAUGUGGUUCUAAAACUGAAGGGUCCAGACUAUUUAGCCUCCAGCUGCCUUUGGCAUCUCCAUGGCCCCAAAGAUCACAUGCUCAAGCUUCACCUGGAAUGGACUCUCUCAGAAUGCAGGGACCGGUUGGCAAUGUAUGAUGCAGCUGGACCAUUGGAGAAACAGCUCAUCACUUCACUAUAUGGGUGUAGCCGGCAGGAACCUGUGGUUGAAGUUCUAUCUUCUGGCCCAGUCAUGUCUAUUGUAUGGAAGAAGGGGAUGUACAGCUACUAUGAUCCUUUCAUACUCUCUGCUCAGGCUGUGCCCUUUGAAGCCUGCCACAUGAAUCUAACACUGCAAGAAAGCUGGGGACGGCAAGGGAACAUCAAGACUCCUUACUACCCAAGUUACUAUGCACCAAAUACACAAUGCACUUGGCACAUGAUGGUCCCAUCUCUGGAAUAUGGAGUUGUUCUUUGGUUUGAUGCUUACACUCUCAGGAGGCAGAAGUACGACCUUCCAUGUACUCAAGGCCAAUGGACCAUCCAGAACAGAAAAUUCUGUGGUCUGCGGAUUUUGCAAGCCUAUGCUGAAAGAAUCCCUGUGAUGUCUAGAGCUGGAGUCACCAUCAACUUUACUUCUCAGAUCUCCCUAACAGGGCCUGGAGUGUGGGCUGCUUACAGUCUAUAUAAUCAGUCAGACCCAUGCCCCAGAGAAUUCCUUUGCCUUGUUAAUGGUUUAUGUGUGCCAGCUUGUGAUGGAAUUGAAGACUGCCCCAAUGGACUAGAUGAGAGAAACUGUGUCUGCCCUGCAAAAUUUCAGUGUCAGGAAGACAGCAUGUGCAUUGAGUUCUCCAAGCUGUGUGAUAAACAUCUAGAUUGCAUCAAUGGGAGUGACGAGGAACAAUGCAAUGAAGGAAUCCCUUGUGGACUUUACACUUACCAAUGUGCUGAUGGGAACUGUGUGAAGAAGCCCAACCCUCAAUGUGACUCAGUCCCUGAUUGCAAGGAUCAAUCGGAUGAAAUGCAUUGUGACUGUGGAGUGCAGGAGGCAGGAACACACAGAAUUGUCGGUGGGGCUCAUUCUGUGGAAGGGGAGUGGCCUUGGCAAGCGAGUUUGCAAGUGCGUGGGCACCACCUUUGUGGCGGAACGUUGAUUGCAGAUCGCUGGGUGAUCACUGCAGCUCACUGUUUCCAGGAAGACAGUCAUGUUUCCCCCACAGUCUGGACCGUAUACCUGGGCAAGAACUUUCUGAAUGUCAGUAGUCACAAUGAGGUUUCCUUCAAAGUGAACCGCAUCCUGCAGCAUCCCUACUAUGAAGAAGACAGCCAUGACUAUGACCUGGCUCUGUUGCAGCUUGACCAUCCAGUCAUCUAUUCAGCUUUCAUCCAGCCGGUCUGCUUGCCUGCCAGCUCCCAUCUCUUUGAGCCUGGCCUCUUGUGUUGGGUCACAGGCUGGGGUGCAGUCAAGGAAGGAGGUCCUACAAGCAAGAUUUUGCAAAAAGUGGAUGUGCAAUUAGUUCAGCAAGACAUUUGCAGUGAAGCUUAUCACUAUCAGGUCUCUCCCAGGAUGCUUUGUGCUGGCUACCAUGAGGGCAAAAAGGACUCCUGUCAGGGAGAUUCUGGAGGACCUCUUGUUUGCCAGGAAGUCAGUGGCAAAUGGUUUCUAGCUGGUGUGGUGAGCUGGGGAAUGGGUUGUGCACGUCCCAAUAACUAUGGAGUAUAUACCAGAAUUACUAGUGUAAAGGAAUGGAUGAAACAAACUAUGUCAAACUGAGCAUCGUUCUAAAUCCCUCCUUUUGUUACAAGGAAACACUAUCAAGGAGACACCUUUAGUCCUUGUCCCACUGUUUCAAAUAGCUAAAACUGUGGAGACAUCCCAUCUUACACCUGGCUCCUGUUGCACCUGAUAGUCAAGUACUGGUCUUUAAGGAUGUUUUAGUGUGUGGAGAAGCCUAAGAAAGCCAUUGAAGAAAGAUUGUUCAAAAUAAAUUUAACAUUUGAGAUGCUUCUCCAAUGAAACAAUAGAGAGGGAUGGUGUCCUCCUUCAAAAGGUAUUGACUGUAAACUGAUCCUUAGAUUAGUUUGGACGGAAAAUCCAAGUAAUUAGGAAAGUUGAUUCUCUUCAAUGUUAAAAGUGGAAGUAGAAAUUGGAUGUCCAUCCAGUUUUUCUUGUAUUAUUUAAAAACCAAUUCCCAAAUGGUAGUGACCAAAACACUGAGAAAUGGGAGGAGCUGUUUGUGGAAUGUUAAGGGAAGAACAUCAAGUGAAUUUUGUAUUAUUACUUACAUGAGUCGUGCCUUAUCUACGUGUUGAUUAUUUGAAAAAAAUUGUGCAUGGAUUUUCCUACUGCUAAGAUUACUGAAAUUUUCAAUGGACGUAUCUGGAAAAAAACCCUCAAUGAGCAGAAUACAAAUGUAUUUCAAGGUGAUAUCCUUAUCCAACAGUAGUCACCCACCUACUGCAGCUUCACCCCAAACUACGGUGUGGAUGAGGUAGGAGGAGUCUGAAUUUAAGACUGGCAAUAAAAAUCCUUAAAAUGCCAAAUCAGAAAACAGAUUGUUGUCCCAUUUGUUUGCAUAAUAGCCCUGCGUGAACAAAAUGGCAGAUUUAGUGAUCUCUUUCCUUGGCUAACUGAUCCACCAUCAUGUCCUGACAGUGCAUGAUAUCUGACAGCCAUUUCCUUUAGUUCUCCAGGAAGCAAGUGAGCAGCCAGAUCAAAACAACCUGCUUCCACUUUAAGGCAUCCAAGUAGAUUGACUCCCUUUGCAAAAUUAAGAUUCUCUGCCUUGCAUGAGAUCAUUUUAUCGAUCUGGACUAAAGAGCAGAGCUGUUUUGCAGUCAAAAUGUUUACUGCAAAUUUAAAUAAGAUUUCAGGCACCUUACAUCAUUUGACAGCAAAAGAGAAAUUCUGUCAAUAAAUGCAAGGGAUAUUGUAACUGAAUAAUCUCAGCUUAUGUUCAGAGCUAUAGCUUUGUACAGAAAUUAUAAUGAAACUACUCUGAAAAUGAUAUAAACAUGCUUCAGAGGUUUCCAAUACUGGUGUGCCUCUUGCCAACAAGAGGAUGUUUGUUGCACAACAUACAUUUAACUUGUUUACUUGCACAAUUAUGGUAUAUUUGUCAUUGGAAAAAACUGUUAAGCUUUUAUUUUAACAUACCAUCAACUUGGACAUACCCCUUACAAUGAUAUUAUGACUUUAAAUGUAGCAGGAUUGUGGCAGGCUAGCAUUAUAUGGAUUGAAGCUACUUGGACUCACUCUGAAGUAGAAUUACCACCACCUCCUGAAAAAUAGAAGAGCUGGUAAACACAAUAGGACCUUAUUAAAUUGGUAACUUACUUGUUCUAGAAGUAUCAUCCUAGGACCUUGAUGGCGAACCUAUGGCACUGGUGCCAGAGAUAGAAUGCAGGGCCUACCCUCUGGGCACGCGGGCUGUCGCCAGCUGAUCUUCUGGUUUCCAGCCCACGCACAUGCUGGCCAGGUGGUCUUUGGGUUUCUGGUGCUCUGGCAUGCGCAACAUGUGUGCACAUUCCGGUUUGGCCACUCAGUGCCAAAAAGGUUCGCCAUCAAGGUCCUUCGAUGAUACUUCCCCAUGUUUUGUUUAAGACAGGGGUGUCAAACUCAAUUUCAUUGAGGGCCGCAUCAGGAUUGUGUUUGACUUUGUGGGGCCAGGGUGCGCAUGGCCAACUGGAUGUGUCAUGUUGGGGGUGCCUGUAGUGGUCCAAGUGCUCUGCCAGCGAAAAAAAACCUCCCGAGCUCCAUUUUGGCUGUUACGGCAUCCUGCAACCCUCUGCCAGUGAAAACGGAGCUCAUGAAGGUCGCACACAGCCCUCCCGACCUCCAUUUUCGCUGGCAGAGGUACUGCGGAUCGGUCGUUCACUGUUUCCAGGGCGGCCUUGUGGGUCAGAUCCAAGCAUCCCGUGGGCUAAAUCUGGCCCCCGGACCUUGAGUUUGACACUCCUCAUUUAAGCUGAUAAGCUGCUAGCAAUUGUCCCAUGCUUAUUCAUAAUCAAUGAAGAGGGGGGGGGGUCAACCUAUUCUCCAAAGCACCCUGAAGACAGAACAAGAAGGAAUGGAUGGAAACUAAUCAAGGAGAGAAGCAACCUAGAACUAAGAAGAAAUUUCCUGACAGUUAGAACAAUAAAUCAGUGGAACAACAAGAAAUUGUGGAUGUUCCAACACUGGAGGUUUUUUAGGAAGAGACUGGAGAACCACUUGUCAGAAAUGGUAUAGGGUGUCCUACUUGUGCAGGAGGUUGGACUAGAAGACCUCCAGGGUCCCUUCCAACUCUGCUGUUCUGUGAAUUGCAAACCAAUGAACUUGGUUUCAGAACUAAUUAAAAACACACUUCUUGUGAUAUGGGUGGUUAUAUAUAUUUGAUAGAUAAAUACCAUUAUGGUGCCACCAGAAGCCGCUCAUAGCAUUCUAAGCUAGUCCAAAUUGCUUUGGUACUGAAGGGGGCCAAAUCUUUUUAAGAACUUCUGCUUUCCACCAGAGGGCAGAAAGAAUACACAAACUCAAAACCAGUAACUAUUUUGUUAUUCUUCCAUGACAUAUAGCUGGUUCCUGAAGCUGUUACUUCAACCUGAUAAGACCAUCCAUGCCUGGUUUGAAUCAAUAGCCUUUUAGAGUGCAUUCUUUAAUACUGAAAGUGUUCCUAGUUCCUUCUUCAGUCACAAAAUUGAGUUCAUGUUUUCAAAGAAGCGAAUAGUUGCACAUAAAAGGCUGAAUUCAUACUUGGAACAUUUUUUUCUAAAUGGAAAUGCCUUUAAGAAACAACUUUUAAAUAUUUCAGAGAGGUUAAAACUGUGCGUGUUUUCCUAACGUUUUAAAUUCCAUAGUCCUUAAUAAAAUUAUGGCUGAGAUUGCAUACCAUACAAAGUCAUGGUUUCCUUAAAUGAAAUAUGGUUUAGUAAAUAUAUUCCAGAUAGUUAUUACCCUGUUUCCCCCAAAAUAAGACAUUCCCCUGAUAAUAAGCCCAAUCAGGCUUUUGAGCGUAUGAUAAUAAGGCCAAGCGCUUAUUUCAGGGUUCAAAAAAAUACAAGACAGGGUCUUAUUUUCGGGGAAACAUGGUAACUAUAUUUGCAAAACACAUUUCAUUUACUAUAUUUCCUGAACACAACCUAAGGUUUCUGCGCCAUAUGAAUGGACAGUUACAUUCAACGAAAAUAAAUUUCAUGAAUUCAUACUUUCUCUUGAAUAUAUGAAGCUGGAAAAAUAGAUCUCCUUGCUCUUUAUAGCACUGGAAAAUGAAAUGCUAAGAACUGAAAGCUGCAUCCUAAUCUGAGACCCCCUUAAUGUAAAAUAGCUUUCAAGAUCCACAACCUCAGGCCCAAUUAGCAGUAGUUCUUGCUGGAAAAAGGCCCAAACGGCACCAAGGAGAAGCAGGCCAAAUCUCCAUUUGCUUGGGUUUCAACCUUUUAGCUGUUCUUCUCCUCCUUCCUCUAGAA